AGCUGUUUUCCUCCAGAGGCGAAGACGCGUCCCCGAUGUCUUCUGAUGAUGCACCACCAGUGGACGUCGUUGUUCCGCCCGGUGCCUCGCCCCCUCCUCAGCUCCUCACUCCAUCAGGAUGCGCUGACCUCAUGCAUGGGAUCCAAGCUGGAAUCUCGGAGUGAAAGAGCGGCAGGCAGGGGGAGAGAAAGGAGUUUUGAAAAGACCGGCAGAAGGAGCGGGACUCGCUAUAAGGACACAAGCGACUCCUUUAAGUUCAGCUGGAAGAAAAAAGCUUGCGAGAAUUAAGAAAAGUAGCUGAUAUCUUUUUAAAUCUUUCCAGCCACAGACACUUUGGGGACCAGCAGACCGACCAUGAUAAGGGCUCUGGAUGCCGUCCUGCCUGCACUGCUCGCCGCCUCCCUGCUGUGCCGGAGCGCCUUCGGCGGCUACGGGAUGAGCCUGUUCGCGGCGCAGACCUCCCCUCCGGACCCCUGCUACGACGAACACGGCAACCCGCGGCGCUGCAUCCCGGACUUUGUCAACGCCGCCUUCGGGAAGGAGGUGAGGGUGUCCAGCACCUGCGGCAGGACGCCGAGCCGCUACUGCGUGGUGACCUCCGCAGAGAAGGGGGACGAGAAGACCCGGAACUGUCACACCUGCGAUGCCUCCGACCCCAAGAAGUACCACCCGCCGGCGUACCUGACGGACCUGAACAACCCGCACAAUCUCACCUGCUGGCAGUCGGAGAACUUCGUCCAGUUCCCACAAAACGUCACCCUGAGCCUGUCCCUCGGAAAGAAGUUUGAGGUGACUUAUGUGAGCCUGCAGUUCUGCUCCCCCCGUCCUGAAUCCAUGGUUAUCUACAAAUCCAUGGACUACGGGAAAACCUGGGUGCCCUUUCAGUUUUACUCCGCUCAAUGCAGGAAGAUGUACAAUAAGCCCAACCGGGCCGCGAUAACCAAGCAGAACGAGCAGGAGGCCGUCUGUACGGACUCCCACACCGACAUGUACCCGCUGACCGGCGGCCUUAUCGCCUUCAGUACGCUGGACGGCCGCCCGUCCGCACACGACUUCGAUAGCUCCCCGGUGCUGCAGGACUGGGUCACGGCUACAGACAUCAAAGUCACCUUCAGCCGCCUGCACACGUUCGGCGACGAGAACGAGGACGACUCGGAGCUGGCGCGCGACUCCUACUUCUACGCCGUGUCGGACCUGCAGGUCGGCGGGCGGUGCAAGUGCAACGGGCACGCAUCCCGCUGCGUGAAGGACCGGGACGGGAACCUGGUGUGCGAGUGCAAGCACAACACCGCGGGGCCGGAGUGCGACAGGUGCAAGCCGUUCCACUACGACAGGCCGUGGCAGAGAGCCACAGCCCGGGAGGCCAACGAGUGUGUGGCCUGCCACUGCAACCUCCAUGCCAGACGGUGCCGAUUCAACAUGGAGCUGUACAAACUGUCGGGGAGGAAGAGCGGAGGAGUCUGCCUCAACUGUCGGCACAACACAGCAGGUCGCCACUGCCACUACUGCAAGGAGGGCUACUACCGAGACCUGUCCAAGCCCAUCACGCACAGGAAGGCCUGCAAAGCAUGUGAUUGCCAUCCCGUGGGCGCUGCUGGCAAAACCUGUAACCAAACCACAGGACAAUGUCCCUGUAAAGAUGGCGUGACUGGUAUCAUGUGCAACCGCUGCGCUAAAGGCUACCAGCAGAGCCGCUCGCCCAUUGCCCCCUGCAUAAAGAUUCCAGUUUCACCUCCCACGACUCCGUCCAGCAUCACAGAGGAGCCAUCAGACUGUGACUCUUACUGCAAAGCAUCAAAAGGCAAACUGAAAAUCAACAUGAAGAAGUACUGCAAGAAGGAUUACGCUGUCCAGGUGCACAUCCUGAAGGCAGACAAAGCCGGCGAGUGGUGGAAAUUUACCGUCAACAUCAUAUCCGUCUACAAGCAGGGGGAAAGCCGCAUCCGCAGGGGGGACCAGUUCCUAUGGGUCCGCGCCAAAGACGUGGCCUGCAAGUGCCCCAAGAUCAAGCCCGGGAAGAAGUACCUGCUGCUGGGGAACGACGAGGACUCCCCCGGCCAGAGCGGAGUGGUGGCGGACAAAGGAAGCCUGGUCAUCCAGUGGAGGGACACGUGGGCACGCAGACUGAGAAAGUUCCAGCAGCGUGAGAAGAAAGGAAAGUGCAAGAAGCCAUAGGUGGGGAGCAAGCAGAGAGGAAAGCUGGAGAACGAAGAGGAAUCCUCAACAGGUUCUCAGAAAAAAAAAAAAAAAAAGAAGAAGAAGAAAAAAAAA